AUGGCCUCAAACGAUUAUUCCCAACAAGCAACCCAGAGCUACGGAGCCUAUCCUACGCAGCCUGGACAGGGCUACUCCCAGCAGAGCAACCAGCCCUACGGACAGCAGAGUUACGGUGGUUAUGGUCAGUCGGCAGACACCUCUGGCUAUGGACAGAGCAGCUAUGGUGGUUCUUACGGACAGACCCAGAGCAGCUAUGGUACCCAGUCAGCUCCCCAGGGAUAUGGUUCAGGUGGCGGCUAUGGCAGCAGCCAGAGUUCCCAGUCUUCUUACGGACAGCAGUCAUCUUAUCCUGGUUAUGGCCAGCAGCCACCUCCUAGCAGCGCUUCAGGAAGCUAUGGAAGCAGUUCUCAGAGCAGCAGCUAUGGGCAGCCUCAGAGUGGAGGCUACGGCCAGCAGUCUGGCUAUGGUGGACAGCAGCAAAGCUAUGGACAGCAGCAAAGCUCCUAUAAUGCCCCACAGGGCUAUGGACAGCAGAACCAGUACAACAGUGGAGGUGGAGGUGGAGGUGGAGGUAACUAUGGCCAAGAUCAGUCCUCCAUGAGUGGUGGUGGUGGCGGCGGCGGUGGUUAUGGCAAUCAGGACCAAGGCGGCAGUGGCUAUGGAGGCCAGCAGGACCGAGGUGGCCGUGGCCGUGGUGGUGGCGGCGGCGGUGGCGGUGGCAGCAGCGGUGGUUAUAACCGCAGCAGUGGUGGCUAUGAACCCCGAGGUCGUGGAGGUGGUCGUGGAGGCAGAGGCGGCAUGGGCGGAAGUGACCGUGGUGGCUUCAAUAAAUUUGGUGGCCCUCGGGACCAAGGAUCACGACAUGACUCUGCAGAACAGGAUAAUUCUGACAACAACACAAUCUUUGUUCAAGGCCUGGGUGAGAAUGUCACCAUUGAGUCUGUGGCUGACUAUUUCAAGCAGAUUGGUAUUAUUAAGACAAAUAAGAAAACAGGGCAGCCCAUGAUUAAUCUAUACACAGACAGAGAAACAGGCAAGCUGAAGGGAGAGGCUACAGUCUCAUUUGAUGACCCGCCUUCUGCUAAAGCAGCUAUUGACUGGUUUGAUGGUAAAGAAUUCUCUGGAAAUCCUAUCAAGGUCUCCUUUGCUACACGGCGAGCAGACUUCAAUCGAGGUGGUGGAAAUGGACGAGGAGGCCGAGGGCGGGGAGGACCCAUGGGCCGUGGCGGCUAUGGAGGUGGUGGCAGUGGUGGCGGUGGCCGAGGAGGAUUCCCCAGUGGAGGUGGUGGAGGUGGAGGACAGCAGCGAGCUGGUGACUGGAAGUGUCCUAAUCCUACGUGUGAGAACAUGAACUUCUCUUGGAGGAAUGAAUGUAAUCAGUGUAAGGCUCCAAAGCCAGAUGGCCCAGGAGGACCAGGAGGCUCUCACAUGGGUGGUAACUAUGGAGAUGAUCGUCGAGGUGGAAGAGGCGGCUAUGAUCGGGGUGGCUACCGAGGUCGUGGUGGGGACCGUGGGGGCUUCCGAGGUGGCCGAGGUGGUGGAGACAGAGGUGGCUUUGGCCCUGGCAAAAUGGACUCCAGGGGUGAUCACAGACAGGAUCGCAGGGAGAGGCCCUAUUAG